CUCCUGGUUUAGCAGGAUCAGUGCGCGCUGCGCUUACCGGUCCUUUUAGGUUGUGUGUGUGAGGUGAAGCUCGGAGCCGCCGCCGCCUCAGCCCCCCCAGCGGCCGCUGUGCGUGUGUAACGGGGGGAGGGAGGGGGGUUUACAAGUCAAGGGAGGAGGAAAAAAAUAAAACCAACUCCUCCGGUUCGGUGAGGUGACGGUGUGUGUCUGUACGGAGAGCCGGAGACGGAGCAGCCCCCUGGGGGACGAUGAGCAUCGAGAUCCCGCCCGGCCUGACGGAGUUGCUGCAGGGUUACACGGUGGAGGUUUUGCGCCAGAGACCUCACGAUCUGGUCGAUUUCGCCGUGCACUAUUUCACCCGGCUCCAGGAGAAGCGGCUGCAGGAUGGCGCCGGGGCUGCCGCAGCUCAACGGCCUCACGGCCGCGGGGUCAACUUUGACGGGGAGCCCAUGCAGACCGAGUCCAACGGGGACGGCGAGGAGGAGGAGGAAGACGACGAGGACUCUGACUUUGAACCUCCGGUCAUCAAUCGGUACAAUAGAAGAGUGUCAGUUUGUGCGGAAGCCUUUAACCCAGAUGAAGAUGACGAAGACGCAGAACCACGGGUAGUUCACCCGAAAACGGAUGAGCAGAGAUGUAGAUUACAGGAAGCUUGUAAAGAUAUUCUUCUCUUUAAAAACCUUGACCAGGAACAGCUCUCUCAGGUUCUUGAUGCAAUGUUUGAGCGGAAAGUAGAACCUCAGGAACAUGUUAUCGACCAGGGAGACGAUGGGGAUAACUUCUAUGUCAUUGAGCGGGGGCUGUAUGACAUUUUUGUAGCUAGAGAUGGACAGGACCGUUGCGUCGGCAGAUACGAUGAUCACGGCAGUUUCGGUGAGCUAGCCUUGAUGUACAACACUCCGAGGGCUGCGACUAUUGUAGCAACGUCUGAUGGAGCACUGUGGGGACUGGAUCGAGUCACUUUUAGAAGAAUAAUCCUGAAAAACAAUGCCAAAAAAAGGAAGAUGUUUGAGAUCUUUGUAGAAUCUGUACCCAUCCUAAAGUCCUUAGAGCUUUCUGAGCGAAUGAAAAUUGUCGAUGUAAUAGGUGAGAAGAUUUAUAAGGACGGCGAUCGCAUUAUCGCACAGGGCGACAUGGCGGACUGCUUCUACAUUGUCGAGUCAGGAGAAGUAAAAAUAAUGAUGAAAAGCAAGACAAAGUCUGGCCAAGAAAGCAACCAAGAGGUGGAGAUCACUCGGUGUACGAGAGGACAGUAUUUUGGUGAACUUGCCCUUGUCACCAACAAACCCCGGGCUGCCUCUGCGUAUGCUGUAGACAACGUCAAGUGUUUAGUUAUGGAUGUUCAAGCCUUUGAGCGAUUACUGGGCCCCUGCAUGGACAUUAUGAAGAGGAACAUCACACAUUACGAGGAGCAGCUGGUGGCAUUAUUUGGUUCUAGUAUGGACCUCCGAGAUCCAGGAAAGUAGGCACCUUGUUACCUCAGUGCCUUCUCUGUUCAAGACACAGACACAUGCCUCCUAUCAGCUAUACAACAAACAAGGGACAAAGAGCGCCACCAGGUGGAGCAGAGUCACCGCUGCUGUUGUCUUGGGCUUUUUUUUUUCUUUAUCUUUUUAUUUUUUAUUUUUUUUAUUUUAGGAAACAAAUUACAAAUGGAAGAAUUCAACACCAGAGGCCAGGGUAGAUAUCCAAUCUGUACGGUCAUUUUGCUGCUGAGAUCUCAUUAGACCGUCUAAACGUGCCUUUUAUAAAAAGAAAAAAAAAAUACCGCCCUGUUUCAUAAGGACAGGUCUCAGUAUCGCACCCUGUGAGUCCCCCGCGAUCUGCUUCCUCAGCGCCCCUCUGUGGCAGUAAGGUUUGCUCAUGCUUUGCUUUGUGACUUUCUGAAUUGCAGUAGUCAAGUGUCCCCAACCCCCCCUGAUUCUGAUUUUGCCUUGUGGCUCUUGUCCUGUGCUGUUUUAAUGGCUCCUCAUAGUAAAUGCUGAAAUAAUCACAUGAUACAUUAGCUGUUAGCACUUUUCUUUAUCACUUUAUUUUGUUAAAUUUCGUAAGUUUAAGUCAGCAUUUUAGCCCCCCUUAGGGGCCAGAAAGGUGCAUGUAAGAUAAACUGGUGAUUUUAGAUUGUCAGUAGUGACCUUGUCCGGCUCUAUGGGAGCGAGUAGCCUUGACAUUGUCCCACCGCCACAAUCCAUGGUGACAUUUGAGCGUUUUGCUGCCCGAUUGGCUGUGUGUCACAUGGCGGAGUUCCUUGCAUUCCAGCGGAGCACAAUGGCGGCUCUGUUCAUCUGUCAGGGGUUGACGUACUCGUUUUAGAAAAUUUUUAACUUUAACAUAUUUAUUAAAGUCAGAUUGAUAGCUUUCCCCGUCUCCGGUUUUCUCACGGUACAUGUUUUAUCUGCAGGACUGUGGCGAUGUCUCCUUAAUUCCUUAUUGAUCCCCUUUGGGUCAAGCCUAUAUUUAUUUAUUUAUUUUCAUCCCAAUAAAUUGGCAUUUGUGUCUCGUGCCGUCACGCUGUGCUUCUAGGUUGUGAAUGCCGCUCCCCAGCUACCACUGUAGUAGUGGUUAGUUGUGGACUGUGCUUUCAGGUUGUUGGAGAUUUCGGUAAGACUUGGUUGCUGCAGUUAUGGGGGUGAGCAGUUCCUGCAGACGAUGAGACAUGGACAGCACGUUAUUGGCCCGUAGGAGUUAGUCCCGUAACAGUGCGCAUUUGGGAGCCUUCUCCCAAGAUCCUCCCCCCUCAUUUUAAGCUUCCUGGCUGCAUUUUACAAUCUCCCCCUAGUGCCUUACGCAGACUCUUUUCCAUUCCUGUUUUUGGCUUCUUCAGGAUUUAACAUAGAUGGAAAGUAAGAGCCAGUUAAUUAGUGCAGGUAGUAAUGAAAAUGCAGUCCCGGAGCUUAUAAGUUAUAACCCUCCCGUACUCCAUCCAUGAGGUACUUAACGAACAUGAGCCAUACUGCGAUAGGGGAAACCAUGGAAUAACACAGCCCGUCCAGCCCUUGUUUCUCCAUGUCACCCCGCCAUAGACUUUAGUGCAAUGAUGGUAAAUAGAGGUUCGCUUCAGCAGAAGAUCAGCCUUUUCAGGUCUGUAGCCAACUUACCCCUCCAGUUAACUUACCACAGAAUGUUUUACUGGAGCGUUCCUCGGUCAUGCAGGGGUUGGAACAUGAUGCAGGGUUCCCUUUUGGUGGUCCUUGUAUUCCGGUGUCCUCCGCCCGUGCAGACAGCUCCUUUACUAAUUCUUAACAUUCCCUCUAAGUAUUUGACGCAAAUAUGUAGAAUCCUUGGAACUAACCUUGUGCCCCUGAAUGCUUUACUCGCCGCUCCUUCAUGAGAUGCAUUCACUUUCUGCUCGCUUUUUUUUGUUGUUGUUCAGACUUGUGAUGUGACAAGGGGGACAUGACGGCUACAGAAACACCCGAGAGGUCAGUAGGGAGAACUCAGCAGCAAAGUGUCUCUGGGGGGGGGGGGGGGGAAGUAUCGGCCUGUCCUUAAUCUUGCUUGUAGUACUGCGAUCGGUGAAAAGAACCCCCCCCCCCCCUUUAAGGAUCACAAGCGCCCUGGCUGACUCUAGUAUUGUUUUUAUGUCACAGCACAGAUUUCACCUUUUAACAAUUUAUUCUAUAAAGUUUUCUCUCGUUAAAACACAAACUGUUCUGCACCGUUAAAACGUAACAAAAAAGACAAAAAAAAAUUAUAACUCUGAAUGUCACGGCUCAUUCUUCUCCUGUUUCCAGAUGAACUUGUGGUUUUUGUUAUCGACGUGUAUGUAAACCAGUUUUGCCAAAAGUUUUUAUUUUAUUUUUUUAUUUUAUUUCUGAAUUUAAUUUUUAAUUUUUUUUUGUCAAUUCCAUUCUGCUCCGCAGCGUUGGUUCUGCUGUUUUUAUGCUGCAGGAUGUUUUUCAGUUGUCACUCACUUUUCUUUCUCCUUGAGGCCUUCCUUUUGGUUUCUAGCGAUCGUUUUAGUUCAUGCUACAGGGCUAUAUUGAGGGAUGCCCGGGACGGCCCCUGCGUCGCCCGCAUUCUGUAAUCUAGUGAAAAAAGUGAAAAUGCACUAUUCUAUUUUUACCCCCCAUUUGCUUGUAACAACACACAACUGACUUUCUGCCUAAAAGAAGCUACCUCAAGGCGUUAAGUGCUUUGCGAAUUUCUUUCACCUGUGAAUGCGCCCCCCACGUGUUACUACUGGUCAUCUUUGUGUUGCAUCAAAAUGUACCUGUCACUGGAGCACAGCGCAGACGGCCAUUUUGUACCACCAGUAUUCGGCCAGUUGGUGGUUUAAAGGUGGUUUUGUCACUAGGAUAGACUUCCCGCUAUGGUGCUUGGUUUAAAGGGAUGAGAAAAACAUUACUCCUCCCACAGGUUGCCUAUGGUAUUGCAGCUCGGCUCCACUCGCUUCAGUGGAAAUGAGCUGCACUACCGGAUACAACCUGAGGACGGGGGUGGCGCAGUUUUUGGAAGGAGGCAACCGUGUUUUUCUAAUCCUGAAUGACUCCCUGGACGUUUAUGAAAUGACAAAUCCCGAGGUAUGGUAUUGUAAUUUUCAACGUUUAUGAAGCAGACUUUGAGACGAUGCUCUUGGGUCAUGUGAUCACUGUCUGCCAGUCAGAUCAGUUGGCAGUAUUUAAAAAAAUAAUAAUAAAUCGGGGGUUGUCAGGAACGUUUAUCCUCUUCACCCCUUUAUCUUUAAUGUCAGGUCAUCACGUGGUCGUAGACAUGAUAUUUGGACUGUCAUGUUUUGCUGCAGUGAUUGGCUCCUUCACUGUCACAUGUCCACCACACCAUGGACCCAUGAAGACCAGUUCGGUGUUGGACAAGGCGUUCAUGGGGCACAGCUGUAUUUUCAACCCCUUAGUCAUUAGUCCUUAUGUAAAGGGAACUGUCCUGGUGACAUCCUGCCAUGUCCUAGUAGACUGGCUGACAUUGUCCACUCCAACAAAAUGGCUGCUUACUCCGCGUAUAAGUGACAGAUCCACUUACAGUUUGGUUCUGCCUGUUCUAGGAUUUUCUUUGCACUCCAACAGUAUUUAUAAGAGAAAGGAGAGAAGUUAGAACCAUCAGUAUUGACCCUCCUGCGCCGUCGCGUGAUCCGCUCCUCUCCAUGGGAUUUCAGAGAUUUUAUGUUUUAUUAAUAAACGGCGCAAUUCUUAUCUAGACGUCUUUGUACAUAGUCUUAUUCAGUUCCUGGAAUCUUUUUCUAUCCACAGCGCGACACAUUCUGUCUUUUCGGAAAUUUUGGGUAGUAUUGGAUACGGUGAGAUCGCUCGGCUCCAUGUAUAGCUGUCCGCCAUUUUAUGACACAUUUAAGUAUGCAAUGUUUGAUUAUUAAAAUAAAGCAAGAUGACUAUUCAA